GAACUUUUCCAUGCUUGUGUUGCUCCCCAACUCUUUUUACAUUUGAGUGUUCCUCAUGAGUAAAAAAGGUUGGGGACCCCUGCUCUAAAUAUUUUAUAACUUUACUAAGAAGAGCCUGACCGAAAAAUGAACUGAGUCUAACUUGUAUGCCAAUGUGAGGAAGUCUGGGGAAGUAUAAUGGGGCACACACACAGGGGAUACUUUGACCUAGGCCCCUUUAAACACUUAAGGGACCCACUGACAAACAUGACCAAAUUUGUAGUUCCACUUUUUUAAAAUCGUGUUCGUUUCAACCAGCAGCAAAAUUUCUUUUUUUUAGAUCCGGACUCACUUCUCUGAACCCCACACAAAAUCCCGCCAGCAUCUUAGGGCGGCGCACUAUUCGCUACGUUACGGUGAAAGGGCUAGUAUGUAAAUGCGCAGCUAUCACAUGAGUUACGGUCAGGUUCUUGCUUGAGUCACAUGAUCAGAAAUGGCAGCGGAGAUCCGCUCCCGGUCUCCGCGGGGCCCCGUACUUCUCACUAAGAUUCCCGGGCAUAGGGAGCAGGUGGCUGCGGCCAGAUUGAUUCCGCGGGAGGAUGGAGUUAUCACGGCCAGUGAGGACAGGACUUUGCGAGUAUGGCUGAAGAGAGACAGUGGGCAGUACUGGCCAAGCAUCUAUCACACAAUGUCAUCUCCCUGCACAGCUCUGCGGUACCAUCACGAGAGCAGGAAGAUUUUUGUGGGCCAAGAUACUGGUGCUAUAGUGGAGUUUCUUAUCUCAGAUGACUUCAACAAAAUGAAUUUUAUAAAGACAUACCCAGCACACCAGAGCCGGGUGACUGAAGUUAUCUACUCUCCAGGGACCGAAUGGGUAAUCAGCACAGGGCAUGAUAAAUGUGUCACAUGGAUGUGCACUCAGAGUGGGACACAAAUUGGCAGACACAGUUUCGCAUCCUGGGCUUCCUGUCUCCAGUAUGAUGAAGAUACAAAAUAUGCCUUUGUGGGAGAUUUCUCUGGUCAGAUUACACUUCUCAAAUUGGAGCAGAACAGCUGUUCCGUGAUAUCAACACUUAAGGGUCAUGAAGGAAGCAUUUCCUGUCUGUACUGGGAUCCAGUCCAGCGGUAUCUAUUUUCUGGAUCCUCAGAUCACAGCAUUAUCUUAUGGGACAUUGGAGGGAGGCAAGGACGGACACUGAUCCUCCAAGGACACCAUGACAAAGUACAGGGGUUGACUUAUGUACAGCUGACAAGGCAGCUGGUCUCCUGCUCAGCUGAUGGCGGCAUCUGUGUCUGGAACAUGGAUAUUGAUAGAGAAGAGGCACCUCAGUGGCUAGAGAGUGACUCCUGCCAGAAAUGCUCCCAGCCGUUCUUUUGGAAUAUAAAGCAGAUGUGGGAUACAAAGACAGUGGGAUUGCGUCAGCACCACUGCAGGAAGUGUGGGCAGGCUGUGUGUGGAAAAUGCAGCUCCAAGAGAUCCAGCUACCCUAUUAUGGGAUUUGAGUUUCAGGUGCGGGUCUGUGAUUCCUGUUACGAGACCAUCAAAGAUGAGGACCGAACACCACUGGCCACCUUUCAUGAAGGGAAGCACAACAUCUGUUACAUGACUAUGGAUGUAUCAAGAGGGUUGAUGGUGACCUGUGGGACUGACCGCCUAGUGAAGAUCUGGGACAUGACCCCAGCAGUGGGCUGUAGCUUGGCCACCGGCUUCUCCCCUCGUUGACCCGAAGACUUCCGUUUCCUAUGAACAACGCACCUUAUGUACAGAUGUGUACACACAGGCUAACACCCCUCUGGCCACUUUCUACCUGCGCCCUUGUAUUACAGCUCCGUUUGAACUAAAGCUUUGUAUCAGCCAGUGGGAAAAUGCUUCCAGCCCAAGGGUUGAUUUACGAAGAGCCUUCUGCAAAUUAUCUUUGUCUGCUAGAUGCGUUGCAGGGUUUAAUACAAAUAAUUAUUAGCGGCAAAGAGUAUAUUUAAUAACUAGCCUAAAAUGUAGUCUCCCCUUUAAACCCGUCCUCGUCCCUGAACUUCUACAUACACCACAGUUACCAUGAAUACCUUUCUGCAGUUCAACUGCUCUUGUUUACAAAGCACUACAGGAUGUCGGGUGUCUCGGUAGCACUAGUUUAAUGAAAGUCUCUUAGUGUAGGAACUAUUGUCAUUUGUAACUCCACAAUAUUGUCCGACCUGUGAAGUCUUAACCAGCGCAGUUUUAUAUCCAAGCUUUUAGGUGUGUGUCUCUCUAGGUGCAUUUUUAUUUGUCCAAGUGAUUUGAUGAAAUGAUGUGCGUUAACCUUUCUCAUCACUGUUUUCUGAUAAGCAGGACUUGUCUGAUGAACUGGGCCUUGCCCUUUCUAUAUAGAGUACAGGGAUGGAUGCCAUUCAUUAUUCAGUGAUCUUAGUUACAAACCACCCAACUUAUAAAGUGACUCUGCUGUGCCCACUGGCAGUAACAGGCUUCAAAACUCCAGAGAAAAUGAACAGUUUUCUAUUGAUUGCCUUUUUUCUUUGUUUACAAAGAGUCUUUGUUGUUUCUCUGCUUCUUAAUGUCUUUCUUUUGAUUCUGUGUUCUAUAUUCCGUAUUCCUUAAAAUAAUAUGAUAUAAUGUAAAGCAGUCCAGGCACCAGACCUGAGGUAAGGCACCUAAGGCAAACAUUUUUCCAACCUGUAAAAUUACAAGCCUACAGUAGCGGGUGCUGGGAGUUGUAGUUGCGAGGUUCGGGGAGUGUGGGAGUUGAAGUUGGAAGGCUGCAGGUUGGAUAUCCUUAACCUGACAUAACGUUAACUUUUCGUAUCUUAUAAAUUGGACAAUUCAGAUUUUUCAAUUUGUCUUUAUUAUAUAUUCUUAAAUAGUUUUCAAAUUAUUUGCCUUCUUCUGCUUCUAAGUCUUUGCAACUUUCAAAUGGGGGUCACUGACCCCGGCAGCCAAAAAACUAUUGCUCUGUGAGGCUACAAAACUGCUGAACAGAAAUUUAAAUAAUUCAAAAACUACAAAUAAUAAAUAAUGAAGACCAGUUGCGAAUUGUCUGCGAAUUGUCUCAGAAUAUUACUCUCUACAACAUCAUGCUAAAAACAACCCCUUUAAGGAAAUGUUUUGGUUUAAAGGGUUUGUGUUAUUGAUAUUUUUGUUGUUUAUAAAACGCUUAUCCCUGCAGCUCCAAUGGACACAGUCUGGAAGUAGAAAGCUAAUGGAGAAAUGGGCAAAGCGCACGGCAGUGGGGAUAGGCAGCUUUUAUGAAAGGACAGACAGCACAGUGGGUAUGUACACGGCCAGGUAUAACAUUAGCCACUUAGCAGCUCCCACUUGCAUAAGUGCACAUAGCUAAAAUGAUAUGGAGACGCUUGGACUGACCUUCCAGAGGAUCUCCCGGCGGCCCCAGUCUGAGAAAAUUCUCAGCCUUUUUUAUUUCUGUCAUAAUCCCAUAUAACUUCUAUACCAAUGGCGCUGUCUCCAUCUAAUUGCUGAGAGGGAGGGCCCUGAAGGUCAGUUUCUCUUUUGGGCCCUAGGAAUCCCAGUCCAACACGGCAUAGAGAAAGCAGCAGCGUUCACAAAAAUAUGUGAUAAGAAAUUUCAGUAGCACAUUAAUUACCCUUUAAGUAGAAAACAACAUGCUUGCUAAAGAAUGCUCUCAUUAAGACUGCCAUAAUGAGUACAGGCAGCUGUAUUUUCUUUUCUUUAGCCCAUUAAUAGCCUUGAUAGUGUACAGUCCAUAAUGGUGUAAUCCGAUCAUUUGCACUGGCUAUAUGCAGCUGUUUCUAUUUGUCACUGAGUUAAAGUGCUCAUAGAUAGACAUCUCCAUGUAGUCCCAGGCACCCAGGGGCAUAGUGAUAGAGGGAGCAGUCUCUGCAAUGGAUAGGGGCCCAGAAGGGGACUUGUGUGUGAAUCGUGAUGAAGGAAUCUGUCAGGGAAGAAAUCCGAAUAUUUUUCUAUAGAUAAGAUACCUGCCAGUGUUGGUCCUGUAUUUGCAUCUCUUUUUGCUGUAUUUUGUUAAAAAGAAAGCACCUGUCUGACAAUCAGUCAUUCUGUCUGGCUGUCCAUCGAUUCUUAGUAAACAGGGCCUCUUUUGCAUCACCUUAUUCUGUUUCAUGAAGUCCAACUGAAUCAGUAAAAGCAAAAGAUCACCCAAUAUUGUUGUUCGGUGUACCUGAUGUUUGCUCUGAGCGUGUAUGUUCUCCAGUUGACUGUUUGUGGAACUAUAACGUCUCAUCAGUGCCCUCUACCUGUGAUUUAAAGAAAUACCUCCAUUUCUAGCAAUAGGUUUAUUGUGCCGUUAGUAACCAGUUCUUGUUCCCACACCUUUUCUACAUCUAUUUUGAAGAUAUUCCAUUUUAGCUGUGCUUUCUUCUGUACCCUAGUAACCAAAUCAUGAUUUGCUAUUUAAAGUAUUUCUUCUUAGUUACUGUCUAAAUAUGGUUUUCUAAUAAAAAAUGUUGCCUUACUUUCCAU